AGACUUUCUCUCUCUAGGAGCAUUUUAUGGUGGAGGGGAGGCCUUUAUAAGGAAAGGUAUAACGAUUUUGACAGAGCAGUUUGAGGAGUUGGAAGGAGGUUUUCCUUUUUUCACAGCGGUGUUUACGGGCUAGUGGAUUUAGGGUUCAUCAGAGCAUAGCAGAGAAGAACAGAGAUUUGGAGCUUUUGUUUGGUUCGAGUAAGUUAAAGUACCAAUCUUGUUGAGGAAUUUUGAGUGAAUUUAUCAGUUGUGACUUCGUCCGAAAGCAAAAUCGAAGAGAAAUGGCGUUGGGGAAAUACGGAAGUUCUAAUGUGAAGCUCAAUGGAUUUGAUGCUUCAAAUGUGGAUUCGAUGGACGAAGGAUUGGGGCAAGUUUACUGUACACGAGCAAUGGGGAGGAAAAGGAUUGUGGUUUCAAACUAUGUGGAGUCGCUGACUCCUAGCUCUCAUUUCAGGACUCCAUCAAAAAGGCGUCUGAAUAUGGUGAGAAACAAGGACGACAGUGAAAAAUCUCUUCUUGAAGCAUUGCCUCAGGACAUUCUGGUCCGUGUACUAUGCUUCGUUGACCAUGACGAUCUGAAGCAGCUUAUCCAAGUAUCGAAGCCAGUCAGAGAUGCAACUCUGAUAGCAAAGCAAUCCCAUUUCGCGUAUAGUACACCACGGGCUAAGAGGAUUCCUGGAUUAAGGACUUUGAGUAGUGAUCUAGAACUUGAAAGCCCUGAAGCACCGAAUGCUCCUGAACAGAAAAGGGGUGCCAAGUCCAGAAUCAGCGGGAAAAAGCUUUCUGAAAUCAGUGUAGCAUUGUUCAAUUCGCCCGAGGAUGAUGAUCUUUGGUCGAAAUGCAUUAUUCGUUAGAGAUUGUAAAUACAUUGUUGUUGUUGUAAUUAGCUACUGGUGACAGCCAAGUUUAGAGAUUGAGAUCAGAUAUAGAACCUGUGUAUGAUGUAGGAAACACCUCUGUGGAAGCUGUUUCUUCAAUUCCUUCAUUGAAGAUAAAGGAGACUUGCUUGUUCAUCUGUAUUGUACAUAAUGUGGCAAUUUGAGAUUCUCUUGGAAGGUUUUCAUUUCCUUCCAUCUUGUUUUUGUAAGUGAUUCAUUACAGUGUACACGCUUUCAUGCUUUUCCAAUGAUAGAUCAAUAAAAAAAACCCUUUCUACUUUA